AUUGAACGGCAGUUACGUUCAUGCCUUCGUGUUGGGCUAUGCCUUCGAUCGUGACAAUGUGUUGUUGCCUCCGUGAACGUCAUUAUAAAUUGUCUUGAUCACGUGCCAAUGAGUGUGCAAGAAUUUUCAGAAAGGAAUUUCUAUAAAAAGUGCCUACCCUGGAAUGGAUGCUGUGCACCAUUCAAUUAGUAAAGAAAGCAAUUUUAUUAACUCGUCUUCAAUUCGCUUGUAGAGGAACGAAAAAAAUGAAAAGAAAACUGGACUAAUUCAUCGCCUAUCGACACGGAUUCGGAUCGGAGCAGAGGAAAAAAAAAGAGAAGAGCGAACGAGACAAAUAUCACAUCGAUUGUGACCUUCUCGGAAUUGUUCGGAAUCAAAAAAAGAGAAGCUGAUUGAAAAAGAGAAAAAUUGAUUUAAAACAAAGUGUAUUCUACGAAAUUUUUGCUUUUCGUGAGAAUUAUUUUUUUUUCAUCCUAAAAUUGAAACCGAGUUUGAAACUAUGUCAUGACCAGCACCGACUCGACGACCUCAUUUUGCACUAAAAGCGAGGAAAAGGAUGAUGAUGAUGUUCGUCGCAUCGAUUCCUCGUCCUCGAGACAAGCAACAAGACCGAGAAAUUUUGGCUCCACAAUUGCCCUCGGAAAUUCAACAUUUGAAUCGCUUGCACUCGAUGUUUCAUUCUCAGGACUUGCCAGUGCAUCGACACCAACACCAACGACAAGGAAAAGGACGACGACAAAUUUUUUCACUCGAAAUCCAGAGGAGAGAGAUCCUGAAAUUUGGGAAGAUAUUGGAGUUGUUGAAUAUUUGGAGAGAGGACUCAGUCCUGGUGAUGAGAGUACUGUCGAGGAUCGUGAAGAGACACUUCGACAAGUUCUGUCCGAAACAGAUAUACACGAGGGCGAUGGAGAUCUGUCGGAUUUUUUAUUUCACGUAGCACGAACGAAACACGGGAGGAUUUACAUUCGUGUCAUUCGUACACUUCUCUUAAAUCGAGUCUUAUGCAGCAAUCGGGUGAGCCAAAUGACCAAAACCUACAAUGAUAUCGAGGCAGUAACAAGGCUUUUGGAGGAGAAAGAGAAAGACUUGGAGUUGACAGCACGAAUUGGCAAGGAGCUGUUGACGCACAAUCAAAAACUUGAGAGCACUGUCAAUGCCCUAGAAGCUGAACUUAAAACGGCAAAUGAAAAAAUUACGCAAUUGACGCACGAGUCGUCGAAGAAAACCGAAUUGAUACAAAUAUUAACUAAUGAUGUGGAUGAUUCGGGUUCGGAAGCUGCGACACCCUCAGGAUUGCAGGGCAUCAAUUUGGAUGUCAUGCAACGUAAGAUAACUACACUCGAGGAUGAAAAUAAAUCGUUGAAAUGCGAAUUCACAAAACUUGUUAAAGAAGCUGACAGUUGUGAGGAGCAGGAGGCGCGUCUCGUCAAAGAUAUCGCUAAUCAACUUGCAAAUGCAAAUAUGGAGGUAGACGGGAUUGCCGAGGAGUUGGGCCGACAGAAGGAGGAAAACCGGCUUCAACACGAGCAAAUAGUGAGUUUGACCGCGAAACUAUCAGAGACGGAAUUACGACUUGCUCGAUUGAUGGCCGAGCACGAUGAAAUCGGAACAACUCUAGUUAUAACCAGGGACAAUCAGAAUACAUUGGCUAGUGAACUCGCCGAGUUUAAAGACCGUUAUGCAGAGGUUGUUAACUUGUUGGCGGAAACUCAGGAGCAACUCAAGAAACAGAGGAAGCGCUCAAUGCCAACUGUUCGAGGUGGAUCACUCUAUCCGUCUUUAGUGGCUCAUCCUCAACCUGAUUCCAUUGCCUCGGAACUCGAGUCUUCACUUUAUUCUGAAUCGAGUUUGGAUUCUGGAAUAAGUGCAGAUAGAUUACCGACGUACAAGAAAGUAUUUGAGACGGUUCGCAGUGCCUCGAGAACCUCGUUUAGUGUAAGUGAAAGUCAACAAUUUCCGCGACUUGGUUCGAUGACAACUUCCACCCUUUCGACUGGCUCUUCCGGACCGAGGAUGAGUCUUGGUCCUCAAAUGCGAGGACGAUCGCGUGGAAUGCCUGGUGCUUCAACUUUUGUCAGUUUAGAUUCUACUGGACACAGCGAUAGUGAGGGUUCACUUAUUACUGACUCGGAGGAAUAUCCGUCAAGAAUUAAUUUUCACCCUAGGGGACCUCAACUUCCGGGCGUGCCGGGAGCACCAGGAGCAGCCGACCUGGAAGCAGCGCUGCGUCGUUUGACACCCGCGGAAGUAAUUGCAAGACGUGCGUGCCUAAGCACUGGGACUGGUUACACCUACGACUAUGACGGUGGUGUUCAUUCGCCGCCGAAUUUCCUUCCGUUCGGCUGUCGAACGCCUGACAGCAUAAUGUCAACCGGAAGUAGCGGGAAUCUCAGCGGCUUCAGCGGCAACAGCGCCGGUGGCUGGCGACUUCCGGAGAAAUUGCAGAUCGUCAAGCCCAUGGAAGGUUCGCAGACUCUUCAUCAUUGGUCCCAAUUGGCGACACCCACACUCGGUGGCUUACUCGAGGAACGUCCCGGAGUGAAGACGCGCGGCGGUCGACGACUUGAGGACCUGGGACUCGAGACCUAUACACUGACCGACGUCGAGGAGGACGAGGAGUACGCGAAUCCAGGGAAACUCUUCCAGGACACUGGAUCCGUUUACACCUACACGAAUAGCACAGUUUUGCAUCCUGACGAUCACACGAGUGUGACGGCGAGCGUUGUUGGCAGCCGCGUUGCCAGCGCGCCCGACAGUACCGUCAAUUCGGGAAUGAACACUCCGAGGACUCUCAGUCGGCGUAAUUCCACUUCGACAUUCUCGACGACCCUCAGUCUCGCCAAGAUGCUCAACGAGCGGGGAAUCAAAGCUGUGACACCGUCGUGCGUCGCAACGCCCAAUGAGGAUAAGAAUUUCUCGCCGACAGCAACGCCUUGCAACAGUCCCGAUGGCAGUCCCACACACUCGAGGUCUGCGUCGCCUUCGCCCACCAGUUCGUCACUGUCUUUUGGAUUAUUCACCACUGGCGCUGAAUUGCUGAAACGGACCUUUGGCAGCGAGUCCGCGACGCCUAUUCCAACUGCCUCGCAAGUCAAGAGGAAACGAGCGAAAAAUCCUCUCUCAAGAUCAGAGAAGAAAGCAUUGACGGGAAUUCGACUUGUGGAGAAACUCGAGAGAAUUGGAAUCGAUACAAUAAUGUCCGCAACAACAUCAACAAAUAUAUCGCCAUUGGCAUUACAGGGUGCACUUUAUACAAGGCGAAAUAUGGAGAGUCCCAUGGCUCAAUUGACCUUCCUGAAAAAUUCCAUGUCCUCCAGUUUCAGUCAAGAGAAAUUGGAUUUAUCUUCCUCGGCAUCUUCCAUCAGUGAAAAUUCAAUUUCAUCAUUGCCCAGUGAUAGAUCAAGGGGAUUGAGUGAUAGUGAGGGGAAAUUGAGUUAUGGAUCGAGUCGACAACGACGCUCGGGAAAUCGUUCGACGAGACCCGAUCUUGGACAAGUGAAACCACCGGCUGCUCCUCCCGUCACUAAGGAAUCGGCUGCCCAGUCGGCACUUGGCACACUUAGCUCACUUCUAUUUGGUAGAAAAGGCGGUUUGCUCUAAAUUAUUCAUUUUUUUUAAUAUAUAUAUAUAAACAUAUUCCGUUUCUCGAAAUCCCUUUAAAUAGGAGACGACGAGUGUUGAAGAUUUCGAUGAAUGGCUGUGAAAAAAGAGCACACUUCAGAAUUUUAUUUUUUAGCUAUUAGUUACUAGAAUCUAGUAUUUAGAUUUUCUUUCCUAGUCGAAUUUUUUUUCCACUAGUUGAAAUUUUUCUUUCUUUUAAAAGUAAAUUAUUUUUAAAUACUUUAGUUUUCGCUUUCAAAUAUAGAAAGACUUUCAAAAUACAAAAGUAUUUUGAAAGUAUUUUCGAAUUGUUGGAAAUUUACAGGGUGAUCACAAGUUUCAGUUCAUUCAUUUCCUUGACAUUUCCCUGACAAAAUUGUUUUUACAGGAAAAUAUGAAAGUUUAUAGGAAAAAUGAGUAAAAUUUAUUAAUUUUAAUAAUUUCUAAAAAUACAAUUAUAACCAUACGUGAAUUCAAUUA